AUGUUUAAGUUCUCAAUCCCCUUACUGUUAUUUAUUUUUUUAUUCUUUUCAUGUAUCAACUCUAUUACUCAUAUAAGGGUUGGAGCAUUUUACCCCCCACCAGCACAUCUACAGCCUCAAUCUGGUUUUAUUUGGGAAUUUUUAGGCACUCGUAACCCAGAUAAAUCAAAUGAGAAAUUACCAGAGAGAAUACUUAGUGGUAGUAGUGGUAGUUGUAGUAGUUGUAGUAUUAGUAGUAGUAAUGGUAGUAGUAGUAGAAGCAGUAAACAAUAA